CAAAAAUAAAUAAUUAAUAUGUCAAUCAUUAUUGAGUGCAAAACUGCAUAAGUAUAGGGACACAUAUGGUAUUUUGAAGACGUGUAAGGGUACAUAUGUAAAAGUAUCCUAUUUUAUACUCGCUUAAUGACCUUAGCUGGACUAACGUCUCGCUGUUUCAACGAACUCCACCCAACACUAAAUUAUGACCGUCUGAUCCUCUACUCCUCCGCAUCGCGCGUCUCCGGACGCCAAUCUCAACCAGCUUUGCUUUCGAUGUACCCGCCUCACACCAUUAAUGGGGGCUCGACAUUGCCCCUAUUUGGAGCUCCUCCUCCCUCGCUCGCUUCCUCUACCUCUCCCUGUCGUCCAAUUCCUUCCGUCCUUCCUCCGAAUGAGGGGGGAAUUCCACCUCUUUACGCUGGCUUCCGGCGCGAAAUCUUCGCCGCACUGCCUCUGAUCCGGUCUCCGGUGCUCCUCCGCUCGAUGGGGGAUCUCGGGGCCGGGCGGGGCACGGUCCUCUCCAAGCUGACGACGCUCCGAUGGACCUCCAUGUUUCUCGGGUUCUGCAACGUGGUGCUGUUUCUUUCGGGCGCCGUUCUGUUGGUCUCCCUCCCUUCCGGCUGCUCCGGCGUGGACCGGCUUGCGCUUGUUGUGUUGGCGCUCGUCGCCGCCGUCCGGAUCGCCUACAUGGUCGCGGCUGGGAGGGCUCAGCGGGCCACGGCAGAGACCAUCGUCAGCAAUGUGCUUGAGACUUCGGUCGAUGCCGAUGCGUUGAUCCGCCACGGGAGACGGAUGAGAUACAAGAAAUGGCUUUGGUGGACAAGGUUUGGGAUGAUGGUCACUGCAUUGCAAUUUGUGGUAGCACUUUAUCUUAUUUCUGUCUUCGCUAAAGAUUUUUCUUCGGGUGCUGAUGGCAACACGUGUUUAAAUGGACUCAAUGAUGAACGGUGGAAGAAAAUCUUGACAAUUUCUUUUCUUGUCCUUGUUUGGCUUGUGGUCAUCAUUCAGUGUUCUACUGGUUCUGAUGUACUGCGGUGGAGGUCUUUUUAUGCAACCCAUGAUACUGCAUGGAAAGCUCAUUACCGUGAAGUAUUUGAUCAUGGUAUUCGAGAAGUCUUAUGCUGUCUGGGACGUGUGAAAUACUUGAGUGUAUUGGAAGAAGAUGAAGUUUAUUCUGUGGCAAGAUUAUUGGGUGAUCUGGUGGCAUACCGUGCAUCAGGAACAGGACAUUUUGAGUUGUUAGCAGGGCUUGCAUUAUUGCAGAAGCAUAAGCAGUCUCCUCUGGUACACACUGACUUUGUUGAGGCACCUGAAGUUCAUCUUCAAGAGGCUGCUGUGUUCCAUCAAUUUGCUGAAGCUGCCUAUACAGGUCCACUUCUUGAUUUCGGAAGAAAUCCUAUUCUUUUUCCAUGUGCCUGGCUUUAUAGACAAGGGGUUUUAAGCCCAUGGACCCGUAACAGGCGCCCUAUGCUUGAAGGUGAUAACUGGUGGCGGGGUCAUGCAGCAGCUUUUCUAAAGUAUGUUAACAUGCCUCCGGAAGCUCUUCGACGUGGGCGUGUUAGUCAGACAAAGCGUGAGGCAGCUUACUUUGUUCUUGUUAUACAUGAUCUUAAAUCUGUAGUCAUAGCAGUACGUGGCACUGAGACUCCUGAAGACCUUAUAACAGAUGGUUUAUGCAGAAACUGCACUCUUUCUAUGGAUGACUUGGAUGGAAUAAUCAAUAGUGAUCAACUUCCCCAAACUGUCAAGGAUAGUGUUCUCUCAUCUUUCCCACAUUAUGGUCAUUCAGGAAUUGUUGAGUAUGCUCAAGAACUUGCCAUGCAAAUAGAUGGGCAACCUGUAGAUAAAGAUGGGUUGCAACCCAACAAAUCUGGAUUCCUUUCUUCUUUGAUGGGGAUAGGAUGUGAAUGCUAUGGAUAUAAACUUCGGAUUGUAGGACAUUCAUUAGGAGGUGCUGUUGCAACAAUGCUAGGGCUGAGGUUUUAUGCUCGAUAUCCAAACUUACAUGUGUAUACAUAUGGAACCCUUCCUUGUGUUGACUCGGUUGUAGCUGAGGCAUGUUCAGACUUUGUUACUUGCAUUAUAUACAAUGAUGAAUUUUCUGCGCGGCUCUCUGUUAACUCCAUCCUUAGACUUCGUGCUGCUGCCAUUGGUGCUAUUUCAAAUGAUUCUAUUAGUGACUCAGCAAUGGUUGCCAAAAUUGUCCGAAAAGUUCUUCAUGCAAAGAAGUCCCAUCAGAAAACGAAACACCAUGAUGCUUCUGCCCCAUCUCUUGAGCAGGGCAAUGAGACAAUUAAAGAUGGUAACCAUGUUUGUAAAAGGAACCAUUUGAAGUAUACUAUCAAAGGUGGGGUUUUUCUUUGUGGCCAUGCAGUUUCUUGUAUGGUGAGUAUGCCUAAUCAUAAUCCUGGCUCACAUAUUAUAAAUGAGACCAAGACACCAGCUGGAGGAACAUCAGAAAUUAAUGGUGCAUCUGUUGAAGUACUACCACAUACAUUUGCUGCAAAAAGCAGGCAACCUGACCGACAGAUAUAUCAGGAUGAAACUUAUUUCUUUGAUGAACCAAGUAGUGGUUUUCCACAUGAAGGUUUUGAUGCUUUUGACCAAUCUGACCUGAGUGAAGCAACAGUGUUUGAGAAUUCUGAUAACCUGUUUCAGUUUGAUGAUCGACUCUCUCCAAUUGUGGAUGACCCCUUAUCCCAUGUCCAAGAUUCAGAGGGAAGAUCUGUUGAGAUGUACAUACCAGGCCUCCUCAUUCAUAUAGUACGAGUUCAAAAGAGCAAUUCACCUAUGUGGAAAAGCUGGAUAAUUAACGACAGUGAGUAUGACUAUAAGGCUUUUGUUGCAAACAAGGAGAGUUUCAAGGACAUUGUUGUGUCAUCUUAUAUGUUCCUCGAUCAUCUACCAUGGAGGUGUCACUAUGCAAUUCAAAAAGCUUUAGAAACCCGGAAACAUAAAGGCCAACUCACUGAUGAUUUAUUUAACGAGGAGAGCAUGGUAUAAGUGUCAUAUGUCUAUGAGAUUAUUUUCCUGCAAAGAGUUCUUUCUAUUAUGCUGCUCUACAAGAUCAUAUGAGCAGUGAUUUUUGUCGGGCCGUCUCCAAAAAUACUUGCAAGAAUCAGACUGAAGAAACAAUGGAAAGGUUGUUUUCUG